GGGGCCGGGCUGGCGGGCGCGAGCGAGCGAGGGCAGGGCAGGGGGCCGGCCGAGGCCACUUACGGCUUUAAAUAUGGAUCGCAGGCUCGCGCUCGCGGCACAGCCUCCGCCGCGGCCGCCUUCCGUGAGCCCCCGCACCCCGGCUUGCUCCCGAGGGGCGCCUGGGCUGGGCUCCACUGCUGCAGCGUUAGUUAGUAGCAGGAACAUCAGAGAUCCCCAUAAAUAUGCAGGAGCGGCAGGAGGCAAAGUAGAGUAGACGCCCGCGCUCUUACACACUCGCCCGCCGCGCACCACACGGGCGGUGUAGACAUCCCCCCCGCGCCACCUUUCCCCCUUCCUCGCGGGCCGUUCAGGUUCCAGUCCUGCCUGCUCCGAAGACCUUCCCGCCUCAGCGCCUUUGCCCCGCUCUCCCGCGCUCGCCUCUCUCCGGGGCGCGCACCCACCCAGGCGGCAAAGUUGUGACUACUUGGGCGCGGGUGACUGGCGCCCCGCUCGCUCCGCGCCCGGCGCAGACAACUUCCCGCGGCUCGGCCCCGCCGCCUCCCGGGCUCGCGCCUCCAGGGAUUCCGCGGCCCCCCAGCCUCCAACCCCGGCGGCGCGCCGGGCAGCGCUUCGGUGGCGGCGGCGGCCGCGGUGGCAGCGAAGGCGGCGGCGGCGGCGGCAGUGGCCGCUGCAGCCCCACACUCCGCCGCCAAACUGGAGGAGCGACGGAAGCCGGACCCCAGGAGGAUGGAGGAUGAAGCUGUCCUGGACAGAGGGGCUUCCUUCCUCAAGCAUGUGUGUGAUGAAGAAGAAGUAGAAGGCCACCAUACCAUUUACAUUGGAGUCCAUGUGCCGAAGAGUUACAGGAGGAGGAGACGUCACAAGAGAAAGACAGGCCACAAAGAAAAGAAGGAAAAGGAGAGAAUCUCUGAGAACUACUCUGACAAAUCAGAUAUUGAAAAUGCUGAUGAAUCCAGCAGCAGCAUCCUAAAACCUCUCAUCUCUCCUGCUGCAGAACGCAUCCGAUUCAUCUUGGGAGAGGAGGAUGACAGCCCAGCUCCCCCUCAGCUCUUCACGGAACUGGAUGAGCUGCUGGCCGUGGACGGGCAGGAGAUGGAGUGGAAGGAAACAGCCAGGUGGAUCAAGUUUGAAGAAAAAGUGGAACAGGGUGGGGAAAGAUGGAGCAAGCCCCAUGUGGCCACAUUGUCCCUUCAUAGUUUAUUUGAGCUGAGGACAUGUAUGGAGAAAGGCUCCAUCAUGCUGGAUCGGGAGGCUUCUUCUCUCCCACAGUUGGUGGAGAUGAUUGUUGACCAUCAGAUUGAGACAGGCCUAUUGAAACCUGAACUUAAGGAUAAGGUGACCUAUACUUUGCUCCGGAAGCACCGGCAUCAAACCAAGAAAUCCAACCUUCGGUCCCUGGCUGACAUUGGGAAGACAGUCUCCAGUGCAAGUAGGAUGUUUACCAACCCUGAUAAUGGUAGCCCAGCCAUGACCCAUAGGAAUCUGACUUCCUCCAGUCUGAAUGACAUUUCUGAUAAACCGGAGAAGGACCAGCUGAAGAAUAAGUUCAUGAAAAAGUUGCCACGUGAUGCAGAAGCUUCCAAUGUGCUUGUUGGGGAGGUUGACUUUUUGGAUACUCCUUUCAUUGCCUUUGUUAGGCUACAGCAGGCUGUCAUGCUGGGUGCCCUGACUGAAGUUCCUGUGCCCACAAGGUUCUUGUUCAUUCUCUUAGGUCCUAAGGGGAAAGCCAAGUCCUACCAUGAGAUUGGCAGAGCCAUUGCCACCCUGAUGUCUGAUGAGGUAUUCCAUGACAUUGCUUAUAAAGCAAAAGACAGGCACGACCUGAUUGCUGGUAUUGAUGAGUUCCUAGAUGAAGUCAUUGUCCUUCCACCUGGGGAAUGGGAUCCAGCAAUUAGGAUAGAGCCUCCUAAGAGUCUUCCAUCCUCUGACAAAAGAAAGAAUAUGUACUCAGGUGGAGAGAAUGUUCAGAUGAAUGGGGAUACACCCCAUGAUGGAGGUCACGGAGGAGGCGGACAUGGGGAUUGUGAAGAACUGCAGCGAACUGGACGGUUCUGUGGUGGACUAAUUAAAGACAUAAAGAGGAAAGUGCCAUUUUUUGCCAGUGAUUUUUAUGAUGCUUUAAAUAUUCAAGCUCUUUCGGCAAUUCUCUUCAUUUAUCUGGCAACUGUAACUAAUGCUAUCACUUUUGGAGGACUGCUUGGGGAUGCCACUGACAACAUGCAGGGCGUGUUGGAGAGUUUCCUGGGCACUGCUGUCUCUGGAGCCAUCUUUUGCCUUUUUGCUGGUCAACCACUCACUAUUCUGAGCAGCACCGGACCUGUCCUAGUUUUUGAGAGGCUUCUAUUUAAUUUCAGCAAGGACAAUAAUUUUGACUAUUUGGAGUUUCGCCUUUGGAUUGGCCUGUGGUCCGCCUUCCUAUGUCUCAUUUUGGUAGCCACUGAUGCCAGCUUCUUGGUUCAAUACUUCACACGUUUCACGGAGGAGGGCUUUUCUUCUCUGAUUAGCUUCAUCUUUAUCUAUGAUGCUUUCAAGAAGAUGAUCAAGCUUGCACAUUACUACCCCAUCAACUCCAACUUCAAAGUGGGCUACAACACUCUCUUUUCCUGUGCCUGUGUGCCGCCUGACCCAGCUAAUAUCUCAAUAUCUAAUGACACCACACUGGCCCCAGAGUAUUUGCCAACUAUGUCUUCUACUGACAUGUACCAUAAUACUACCUUUGACUGGGCAUUUUUGUCGAAGAAGGAGUGUUUGAAAUAUGGAGGAAACCUCGUCGGGAACAACUGUAAUUUUGUUCCUGAUAUCACACUCAUGUCUUUUAUCCUCUUCUUGGGAACCUACACCUCUUCCAUGGCUCUGAAAAAAUUCAAAACUAGUCCUUAUUUUCCAACCACAGCAAGAAAACUGAUCAGUGAUUUUGCCAUUAUCUUGUCCAUUCUCAUCUUUUGUGUAAUAGAUGCCCUAGUAGGCGUGGACACUCCAAAACUAAUUGUGCCAAGUGAGUUCAAGCCAACAAGUCCAAACCGAGGUUGGUUUGUUCCACCAUUUGGAGAAAACCCCUGGUGGGUGUGCCUUGCCGCUGCUAUCCCGGCUUUGUUGGUCACUAUACUGAUUUUCAUGGACCAGCAAAUUACAGCUGUGAUUGUAAACAGGAAAGAACAUAAACUCAAGAAAGGAGCAGGGUAUCACUUGGAUCUCUUUUGGGUGGCCAUCCUCAUGGUUAUAUGCUCCCUCAUGGCUCUUCCGUGGUAUGUAGCUGCUACGGUCAUCUCCAUUGCUCACAUCGACAGUUUGAAGAUGGAGACAGAGACUUCUGCACCUGGAGAACAACCAAAGUUUCUAGGAGUGAGGGAACAAAGAGUCACUGGAACCCUUGUGUUUAUUCUGACUGGUCUGUCAGUCUUUAUGGCUCCCAUCUUGAAGUUUAUACCCAUGCCUGUACUCUAUGGUGUGUUCCUGUAUAUGGGAGUAGCAUCCCUUAAUGGUGUGCAGUUCAUGGAUCGACUGAAGCUGCUUCUGAUGCCUCUGAAGCAUCAGCCUGACUUCAUCUACCUGCGUCAUGUUCCCCUGCGCAGAGUCCACCUGUUCACUUUCCUGCAGGUGUUGUGUCUGGCCCUGCUUUGGAUCCUCAAGUCAACGGUGGCUGCUAUCAUUUUUCCAGUAAUGAUCUUGGCACUUGUAGCUGUCAGAAAAGGCAUGGACUACCUCUUCUCCCAGCAUGACCUCAGCUUCCUGGAUGAUGUCAUUCCAGAAAAGGACAAGAAAAAGAAGGAGGAUGAGAAGAAAAAGAAAAAGAAGAAGGGAAGUCUGGACAGUGACAAUGACGAUGAGAAAGAUCACCAACAUUCCUUGAACGCCACACAUCAUGCUGAUAAAAUUCCUUUCCUUCAGUCACUCGGUAUGCCAAGUCCUCCUAGAACUCCAGUAAAAGUUGUGCCUCAAAUUAGAAUAGAACUUGAGCCUGAAGACAAUGAUUAUUUCUGGAGGAGCAAGGGAACAGAAACUACAUUGUAACCUGUUUGUCUUUCUUAAAACUGACAUUUGUUGUUAAUGUCAUUUGUUUUUGUUUGGCUGUUUGUUUAUUUUUUAACUUUUAUUUUGUCUCAGUUUUUGGUCACAGGCCAAAUAAUACAGCGCUCUCUCUGCUUCUCUCUUGCAUAGAUACAAUCAAGACAAUAGUGCACCGUUCCUUAAAAACAGCAUCUGAGGAAUCCCCCUUUUGUUCUUGAACUUUCAGAUGUGUCCUUUGAUAACCAAAUUCUGUCACUCAAGACACAGACACGCACAGACCCUGUCCUUUGCCUCUAUUAAGCAGAGGAUGGAAGUAUUAAGGAUUUUGUAACACCUUUUAUGAAAAUAUUGAAGGAACUUAAAACUUUAGCUUUGGAGCUGUGCUUACUGGCUUGUCUUUGUCUGGUAGAACAAACCUUGACCUCCAGACAGAGUCCCUUCUCACUUAUAGAGCUCUCCGGGACUGGAAAAUGUGCUGCUAUUUUAACUUGCUCUUGCUUGUAAACCCUAAUCUUAGAGUUAUCAAAAGAAGAAAAAACUGAAGGUACUUUACUCCCUAUAGAGAAACCAUUGCCAUCAUUGUAGCAAGUGCUGGAAUGUCCCUUUUUUCCUAUGCAACUUUUUUUAACCCUUUAAUGAACUUAUCUGUUGAGUACAUUGAAGAAUAUUUUUCUUCCUAGAUUUUGUUGUUUAAAUUAUGGGGCCUAACCUGCCACUUAUUUUUUGUCAAUUUUUAAAACUUUUUUUUAAUUACUGUAAAGAAAAUGAAUUUUUUCCUGCAGCAGGAAACAUAGUUUUGAGUAGUUCUACCUCUUAUUUGUAGCUGCCAGGCUUUCUGUAAAAAUUGUAUUGUAUAUAAUGUGAUUUUUACACAUACAUACACACACAAAUACACAAUCUCUAGGGUAAGCCAGAAGGCAAGAUCAGAUUAAAAACACCAUGUUUCUAAGCAUCAAUUUUUCCCUUUCUUUAAAAGAAACUUAACUGUUCUAUGAAGGAGACUGAGGGAGAAGAGACAAACUCCUAUGUCAUGAGAAUAACCGAUGUUCUGAUAAUAGUAGCAUCUAGGUACAGAUGCUGAUUGUAUUACCACGUCAGUGUCCUAUGCAGUCUUGUUAGACAUUUUCUCAUUUUGAAAUAUUUGUGUGUUUGUGUAUGUGCUCUGUGCCAUGGCUGGUGUAUAUAUGUGCAAUGUUAGAAGGCAAAAGAGUGAUGGUAGGCAGAGGGCAAAGUCAUUGAGUCUCUUAUGCCAGUUUUCAUAAAACCCAAACCACAUAGGAAAAAAUCCAUUAAGGGUCCAAGAAGUCUGUCCAUAUGAAAAUGAGGGUAAACAUAGUUUAUUUCCCAGGUAUCAGUCAUUAUAAUUGAUAUAAUAGCUCUUACAUGCAAUAUAAAAUUCAUAGGAGUAUUAAUAGCCCAUUUACACAUCUAUAAAAUGUAAUGGGAUUGCAGAGCUGCAGAGUACAGUGUAACAGUACUCUCAUGUAAUUUUUUUCAGGAUGCAAAGGCAAUUAUUCUUUGUAAGUGGGACAUUUAGAAUAUAUUUGUGUACAUAUUAUAGGUAUGUAUAUUUCAAAGUACCACACUGAAAAUUAGACAUUUAUUAUCCAAAUUUAACAUGGUAUUUAAAGGUAAUAUUUUUAAUAUGAUACAUUACAUAUUGUGAAUGUAUACUAUAAAAACAUUUUAAAUGUUAAAAUUAUAAUUUUGGAUUCAUAUAACCACAACUGUGAUAUAUCCUAACUAUAACCAGUUGUUGAGGGGUAUACUAGAAGGAGAAUGAAACCACACUUUUUGGUUUGAUAAUAUGCACUUAUUGACUCCCAAUCAUUGUUAUGUUAAUUAAAUUAUUAUUCUGUCUCCUUGUAAUUUUGAUUACAAAAAUUUUAUUAUCCUGAGUUAGCUGUUACUUUUACAGUAUCUGAUACUCCUAAAACUUUUAACUUAUACAAAUUAGACAAUAAUGACCCCAAUUUUUUCAUUAAAAUAAUAGUGGCGAAUUAUUUGUUAUUGUGUUAAAACCUCACCUGCCAAAUUCUGGCUUCACAUUUGUAUUUAGGACUAUCCUUAAAAUGAUUAUUCUAUAUUACUAGCUUUCUAUUACCCUAAUAUAAACUGGUAAAAGAAGACUUUCCUUUUUUCUUUAUGCAUGGAAGCGUCGAUAAAUUGUUUAAAAACCGUGUAUAGUAAAUUCAGCUUAACCUGUGAUCUUGUUAAGUUCAAGGUACUUUUGUUUUAUAAAAGCUCUAGAUAAAACUUUUUUUUUCUGAUCAUGAAUCAAGUAACUGUGGUUUCAUGCCCCUCUCUAUACCUUUCAAAGAACUCCUGAAGCAACUUAACUCAUCAUUUCAGCCUCUGAGUAGAGGGAAAACCUAUGUGUACUUCUGUUUAUGGUCCAUAUUGAUAUUUAUGACAUGAACACAGAAUAGUACCUUACAUUUGCUAAAUAAACAGUUAAUAUCAAAUCCUUUCAAUAUUCUGUGAACCCAGGGAAGUUUUAAAAAAUGUCAUUACUUUCAAAGGAACAGAAGUAGUUAACCAAACUAACAAGCAAAACCUGAGGUUUACCUAGUGACACCAAAUUAUCAGUAUUUUAACUGAAUUUACCCAUUGACUAAGAAUGAACCAGAUUUGGUGGUGGUUUUGUUUCUAUGCAAACUGGACACAAAUUACAAAGUAAAUUUUUUUUAUAAGUGUUUCUCCCUUCUCCAUGAUGUGACUUCCGGAGAUAAAGGAUUCAAAAGAUAAAGACAAAGUACGCUCAGAGUUGUUAACCAGAAAGUCCUGGCCGUGGUUGCAGAAACACUGUUGGAAGAAAAGAGAUGACUAAGUCAAGUGUCUGCCUUAUCAAAAGAGCAAAAAUGCCUCUGGUUUUGUGUUUGGGAGAAAAAUAUCUUGGACACACUGUUUUCCUUGAUAAAAGUCAUCUUCUCUACUGUGUGAAAUGAAUACUUGGAAUUCUAAUUGUUUUGUGUCCCAGGGGCAGUAAUGUCCCUGACUCUUCUCCCAAUCAAGGUUGAGGAGUGGGGCUGGGGAGAGGACUUAACUGACUUAAGAAGUAGGAAAACAAAAACCUCUCUCCUCAGCCUUCCACCUCCAAGAGAGGAGGAAAAACAGUUGUCUGCUGUCUGUAAUUCAGUUUGCGUGUAUUUAUGCUCAUGCACCAACCCAUACAGAGUAAAUCUUUUAUCAACUAUAUACUGGUGUUUAAUAGAGAAUGAUUGUCUUCCGAGUUUUUUGGUUCCUUUUUUAACUGUGUUAAAGUACUUGAAAUGUAUUGACUGCUGACUAUAUUUUAAAAACAAAAUGAAAUAAUUUGAGUUGUAUUACAGAGGUUGACAUUGUUCAGGGAUGGGACAAAGCCUUCUUCAAUCCUUUUCAUACUACUUAAUGAUUUUGGUGCAGGAACCUGAGAUUUUCUGAUUUAUAUUUCAUGAUAUUUCACAUUUGCUCUUCACAGCAUGAGCAUGAAGCCCAGUGGCACCAAAUGGCUGGGUACAAUCAAGUGAUAUUUUGUAGCACUUCACUGUCUGAAAGGCCAUGAGUUUUCAGAUGAUUUCAUUGCGCUUCAUUGCAGCCUGAAAUUUUUAAAAAGUUUUGCAAUACGCCAACCAGUCAAGUUAUGUUUUGGCCAGAGAUUUGGAUAUGUCCAAUUUCCUGGCUCAUUUCAUUGUGCUCUAUGGGUAUGUAUAAAAAGCAAGAAUUCUGUUUCCUAGGCAAAUAUUGCAACUCAGGGCUAAAGUCAUCCAAUGAAACUUUUAGAGCCAGAAGUAACUUUGUCCCAGUCCUACAAUGUGAAAAGAGUGAAUAGUUGCCUCUUUUUAGCCAUUUUCAUGGCUGGUACAUAUUCGUACACAUUACUUUUCAGAAUCAAUACGCACUUUCAGAUAUUCUUAUUUUUAUUCUCUUAAGUCUUUAUUAACUUUGGAGAGAGAAAUAAUGCAUCUUUUUAUUUUAAAUGAAGUAGAUCAACAUGGUGGAACAAAAUGAUAAAGAACAGAACACAUUUCAAUAUAUUACUAAUAACUUUUUCCAAUAUAAAUCCUAAAAUUCCUAUAACAUAGUAUUUUACAGUUUUAUGAAGCUUUCUAUUGUGACUUUUAUGGAAUUAAGAGAUGAAGAAGAUGAGAUAUUUUAGCAUUUAUAUUUUUCAAAAUUAUAUGUAUACUUAAAAUAAAGUAACUUUAUGCAUU